GCGUCGUGACAACCCACAAUGCAAUUCAGGCAAACAGACGGAUGGCUUUUUCGGGCGGGCAAUACUUCAAGCACCGGUUCUCUGUCCAUUUACAUAUUUUGGUAAUGGAGUCGACUGUGUUUUAACAUCAAAAUGAAAAAUGGAGCUGAAAAUCAAGGGGACACUCGGACACCCAAGAAUACAUCUUAUUCCCGGAGGAUUAAAGAAACACCAAUGAAACCCUCUCAGAUCACUAACCGUCUCAUAGCCAAUCCCAGGAGAAUGUUGCCGCUAAACAGCCAGGAGUGCCAGCCCUACAGAGCAGGUUCACCAUGCAGGUCUUCCUGUCCUCUUGCAGUACAAGUCAAUUCUUCAAGGUCACACAGUCAAGGACAUAAUUUAGCCAAGCAGCAUUCAGGGGACAGACCAGGUCCUCUGCACCGCCCUAAACCUAAGGAGUCGCCACAUGAUAGGUCUCAACACCGUCGUCCAAGUGGUUCCCACGCUCAUCCACAGAAGGAUUCAGGCAUCCGCUUUCCAUCCUUCAACAUCAGGAAAGAUCAUAAGUCCACAGUAGUAUCUAACUCAGGAAGAAGUACCACAGAUCUCCGACCACAGUCAAACAAGGACCAACGUAUGCAAACGCCUUCAAGCGAAAAAUCAACUCCAGUGAGCUCCUCUCAGAAGAGGCACAGGGAAUGUGAUGACUACAACGGUACUGUCAAGAAGCUCUGUCCUCCGCUUGCCCAAGCUGUCCAUGGAGAACCAACUUCAGUGUUUAGUAUACCUCUUAAUACCUCAAAGACAUCCCUGCCUUUGUUGAGGAAUUCCUCAGUGUUGCUACCAAAAUUUCCAGAUGAACCCACACGUGGUCAGUCUCCAUACAUGGGAUCGUCAUCCACGUCUAAACAGUUGUCCUGCACUUCGCUUUCAUCCAAACCUAUUGGAACGAGACCACCACCAUCAGGGGCAAAGCAACUCCAAAUAUAUUCCAGUCACAACCACAUUGUACAAUUAGGAUCCCUUUCAAACGAUGACGAAAUUGUGCAUGGAAGAGGAAAACAAUAUGACCAAAGUCAUAGAGCAAGCACUGAAGUUCCCCAAAAGCCCACUACCGACUCACUUCAUUCCCACUUAUGCAGCCCCUUUCCUCGGCAUACUCCUCAGCAUUCCUCACCAGUCAGGACAAAGCUAAACAGGACGCAUUUGAGCAUUCCUGCAAUGGAACGGAAAAAACCCCUUCGCAAGAGAAGAACUAUCAGGAUCCCCGACGACAUAAACGACCUGUUCACUCCUGAUGUCACGAUCAGGCCUGUACCCACGACCCCCAAGACCAAGGCGGAUUUUACAUCACCGACCACAGAGAAAAGACACAGCUCCAGUGUCCAAAGCUCUGGAGGCUCUUCUCUGAAAGGUAGCGACUUAAGACUCACAUGUUCGGCAAACAUUCAAAUGUCAUCUGUGUCCUUAUUAAAGAUGGAAGUCAAAAAUGUAGUGUCCAUUUGCUCCAAAGACACUAAAUCCAACUGUCCUGUCCUUUCAAAUGAAAGCCUUAAAUCAGACCAGAAAAAUAAAUCCCUUCCUAACAGCAAGACUCAUCUUGGGGGUUCCAAGCAGCGUUCCACAUCCGAUUGUUCCCGGUCUCCUCUGAUCAAAAGGGACCCAAUUGGAGGGAACAGACAACAGUCAGAUAACUCUAUGGAUCCUAAGGUCGAGGACCUAGACUGGGACUUGGGAAUAACUUUAAAUUUUGAUUCAAGCCAGACCUCCGAAAGCAGCGGAAAGGAUCAACUGAUUUUCUUGCACAAGAUGCCCAAGACCGAUUUUAUGUCGCCGACCACAGAGGGAAGGCAAAGCUCUCAAAGCUCUUCUGUUAAGGGUGACCACUUAGGACGCACUUGUUCAGCAAACAACUGUAUGCCAUCAGCACACCCCUCCCAUAUUGCCUUGCCCACUGUGUCAUUAUUCAAGAUGAAAAUAGAAAAUCUAGUGUCCAUUUGCUCCAAAGAUGCUAACUCCAAAUGUCCUGUCCCCUCCAAAGAGAGCCUUAAAUCAGAUGAGGAAAACAAACCUGUCCCAAACAGUGGGACCCAUAUUGGGGCUUCCAAGCAACUUUCCACAUCCGAUUGUUCUCAGUCUCCACCAAUCAAGAGGGAGCCAAUUGGAGGGCACGGUCAGCAAACGGAUAAAGCUAUAGAUCCUCUAGAGGAGGACCUAGACUUGGACCUGGGAAUAGCUCUCAAUUUAGAAUCAAGCCAGACCUCUAAUAGCAGUGAGGACGAACAAUUGAUGUCCUUGCAGGAGAUAAUGAAUCAUAUUCCCAAGCUGCCAGCAGAUACACCAGGAAAAUCUGCCUUUUCAGAGCCAAGCACACCCAGAUGUUCCAGGAAGCCUCAGGCACCAUUUACAGCAAGAAGAAUCUUCUACAACAACAGCUAUGACCAGAUGAUUGAAAAAAUACACAUCCAUAAAAAGGCAAAAGAGGAUGAGGCACAUCUUCGUACCGAGCUGUUGAGAAUAGUGGAAUGUGAGGAUGUGGGGGACUGUGAACAGGGCGUCUCCAGUGAACAACAGGAAUUUGUGAAGCGCUACUCAUUGGUUUCCAGUGCAUUCAAGGAGGUGCCUCCAGGCGAGGUCGUGUUUGACCUUGAGAAAUUUGGCCAGAUCUUCACUGAAGAUUCUCUGCAACUCAGAAGAUGCAUGGUCAAACCGCAAAGUGCCACACAGAAGACACUCCUCUGGUCCAGCCCAGCCCAGCUGAGACUGCAUGUGAAUAUAGGACUAUUCCAGGAAGCUUAUGGUUAUAAUGCACCAUGCCCAACUCAAGUUACUGAUUUCCUAUUCAAGAUGAUGUCGGUGCAUUCUGAGAGGAUGAUAUCAGACAAGAUGCUGCAGGCCCUUUGUGACAUUGCAAGCUCAGCUGCAUAUAACAUUGUGAAAAAUGGAAACCAGCGGUUUAAUGUCUGGGUACCGUCUUUGGCUGAUGUAACCCUUGUCCUGAUAAACAUGGGAGUUGCAUUUGUGACAUUGUUCCCUUUGGAAAAUCUACAGCCGCCAUUUACAGAGGGAGAUUUGUUGGAGGAUGUCUAUAUUCAAAGUGACUUUCCCUCCAGCAGCAAUGAAAUGAACCCCUUUCCUGAACACAACUGUAACAACAUUUUUAAGUACCUGUCGUACUGCAUAAGCGUGUGUCCUCGGGCAUACAGCGACUAUGAGCUGCUCUUGCUGCUGACCAUGGUGGCUCGAGUGUGUCUAGACACUCACUUCGUCCCCCUGCCCUGUGUAGAAAGUUACACUCUACUGUAUAAAACAGUGAAUGUCAUCAGGGACUGGGAUGCAAUGCUCCCCAGAAUCUGCCAGGCCUUCAUUGACCUAACAGAUGACCACCACAAUAUGUGCCUUUUGGUUCAGCUGCUACCUGACAACACUCACGGAAAAUGCCUGCGACAGCAUCUUAGUCUCUCAAUGAUCUCAAAACUCUUAGAUGGUACUUGUCAAUACAGACCUACCGGAGCAGAAGAAAUUCAGCUCGCUGAUCUCAGGCCCUAUGUGCGUCGUAUGCAACCCUCUUCCCUCCUUCAUGGCAUGUUGAACACCUCUAGCAGGAGUCCGAAAGAGAAUGAUCUAGCAUAUCUCGAUCAGCAGUCCUAUUACCUGUGCUACAGUCUGUUGACUUUGACAAACGAAGUGUCCAAUUUUCACAUCUUCCCAGUCCAUCAGAAGGAGCAGCUGCUGAUUCUUAGCUCAGAGUUGGAAACACAUGUCAAGUACAACAUCAGAGAGAGUGCCAAUUUUCUAUACCGGUCCAAGGUGAAGGACCUGCUUGCUCGGCUCUACACCAAGUGGCAGAUGCUCCUCCAGCAGUCCAAACCUUUGCAUUGUCAGCUUUAUGAUUAUUGGAAGCCUUCACCUGUGAAAACGUCGGCGUGCAUCGAGACGGACUGUGAUGAUAGACAACAGACUUCGACGGAGGAAAGGGGAGACGAUAGGAGCGAUGACUUCGCCUCAGCUGAUGAGGAAGGAGUUGAUCCAAAGUACUAAAACAAUCAAGCCUGGUGUUCGUUACAGAUGAAUGCUCGCGUUCAAGAGGAGGCUGAGGCAACACGGCCACUUGUCAUCACGAUAAUGCACACUCAGGAGCUGUUACCACAACAGGUAGCUUGGUCAUUAUGGGCCAUUUUAAAUGAAGUCACGGUACAACAGCAACUCCUGACUUAAUUUUCAGCUCAGUUUGCACUUACUAAAGAGACAUUGACUCUUUACCUGCAAGUAUAAGUGUUUUUUUCAGUGUUUUGACAUGUUUUGUUUUCUACUGUUUUAACCUUUAUUUGUGUACAAUUUGUAACAGGUUGGGAGGAAUGUAUUUGUUAUAUAUAUAUUUUUAAGUGUGUGUCUGCAUAAAGAGAAAAUAAACAAAUACUUUAUAUGUUUUUAAAAUGA